AACGACAUCAUGCCGCCGCCCAGGAUAUCACAGGGCCUCACGGCUCAAUUGAGUCAGCUGACUCUUUCUUCGUCCCGACCGCGAUUACUCGCAUCACCACCGAUCCCCCCACUCCUCCCACCCCCCGUCCGCCUCUUCUCCUCCACGCCUCGCUCCUCCAACUGGCUCGCUCCCAAAGCCGGCGAAUCGCGCAAAUCGCGAAAGGGCCGCUGCCGCGUCCCCACCGGCGGCAGCACACGCGGCACCACGGUGGUAUGGGGCGACUACGGGCUGCGGAUGCGCGACCACGACCGGCGCAUCUCCUCCACUCAGCUCCGCAUCGCCGAAGAGACAAUAAAGAAGCGGCUGCGAGGCAUGAAGUUCCGGCUCUACGAGCGCAUCUCCGCAAACAUCGGCGUGUACACGAGCGGGAACGAGAGCAGAAUGGGGAAAGGAAAGGGGAGUUUCGAUCAUUGGGCUAGCAGGGUGGCGGUGAGCAAGGUGAUUUUCGAGAUUAAGGGGGAUUUGCAUGAGCAGGUUGUGCGGGAUGCGUUUAGGUUGGCGGGGAAUAAACUGCCUGGUUUGUAUGAGUUUGUAAAGAAGGGCGACCCGCCGAAAAUGGGUAUAACGACGGUUGGACUGAACGGAGUAACAGAAGCAGACCUGAAGAGACCGAGGAAGAAGCUCCCACUAGAGGAGACAGCUGCACGAAUACCUUCAACCAACCCAUCGUAGACAUGUAGAAAUAUCUGUAUUAUGGAACCAUGGUGUACAACAUUCAACGGACCGAGCCUAUGAAAUCCUAGUUCACAUCAGCCCAAUCACGUACGAUCAAUCAUUCUAAGGUUUAAG